GUACGUACCUAUCGCCGCAUCGCGUUACGCGCGUCUUCGCUCAGUGACUUGUGAACGCAUCUGUGAAAUCAGUGACACGUGCCGCGCACUGCGCAUCCACACUAUAUUUUUAUUGGUUGGGAUUCGUCCAUUCAACGUACGCUCAUAAAAGCGAUAACGACUGCCCUGUCAAAAAUUGUAAACAAAACACACGCCGGCUCGCAAUAAGCGAGUGGCCAUUAUGGCAACAAAGGGUAAGCGACCUAUGCGCGCUCUGACGCCCGGCGACAAAAUCGAGGCCAUACAACGGGUCAACGACGGAGAGUCCAAGGCAUCGGUCGCACGAGACAUAGGCGUGCCAGAGUCCACUCUGCGCGGCUGGUGCAAGAACGAGGACAAACUGCGCUACAUGACGUCACGAUUAUCGUCGCCCGACACGGACAAGAGCAAUGACGGCGAGCCUCUAGAGAAACGUGCACGCACCGUGUCCCCGGCCGCGCCCUCACCCCCCGCGCCCUCCGGCCUCGACCUGACCGCCGCGUCUAUACCCACCUCCACCGCCACACAACUACCGCCGGCACCGGCCGACGCUCCCGUGGAACUCACAACCAAACGCAGCGAACCAUCACCCAUCCCACAUGUACCCCGCGAGCGCAGACCGGACCCCGGGGCCAGUGUUUCUAUGAGCGCCAUCAGCCCGCUCUCCGGCCUCGGUCACAUCCCUGGCCUCUCGCAUUCACAUCUCGGACUCAGUUUCAACGAAAUAGCGACCAAUCUCACGCUCUUGGCACAACUCAACCCGGGCCUGUCGGCCUUGUCCGCCCAGCCAUCUAGUCUUUUGCGUUCGGUGCGAUCGCCGAAACCAGCACACAACGGUGGACUCAACUUGAGUGACACCAAACAUCGCAAGUCACAUCACUCCGAUCCUUAUCGUCACUCAGGGUCCAAGUCGAGCCAUCAUCAUGGAUCAUUACCAUCGGCGGCCACUCAGCCCGUGGAUGACACUCUUUGGUAUUGGCUAAAAACUCAACAGGCGAUGCUGGACCUGACCGCGCAAACGACAGCCGCUCAUCCACUACAACUGAGCAAAUCCUCCGAGCCAAGCAUGCCAUCUAAACCAGUGGCCCCAGCCGCCCCGGUCAAUCCACACCUCGACUACAACCGAAACUCGUGGCUGUGGCAAUACUAUAAACAGUUCGGUGGCGCUAUGCCGCUACCCGAAGACAAACACAAGCCAGCAUCUCAGGUACCAAAGGAAAAGACGGCGGAGAACAUUCUCUAUUCGCAACUCACUAAAGGAAAACCGGAGAAGGGAGCGGCGAUAAGUCCCGACAGACCGCAGCUACGCGAAGAGGACACACGCGAUAUGCCAAAUGAAGGCACACGCGUCGCCACCCCGGUCGCCAGCCCCGAAAUAGGUUCAGAAAACAAGGAACCCAUGACCGAACGCAGUCUGGAUGCCCCGAGAAACCAAACGAAAGCCAGAACCGUCUUAGAUAGUCUAUUAUUCAACAAUUCGGGCGCGACCACGAACAAGGACUCGGCAGCCGAGAAUCAACCGAACGAAGAGUGGGAAACGGGGGCCGCAGAGGCUCUGGAGCACGGCGACAAGUUCCUGUCGUGGCUAGAAUCGAGCGGCGACCCGAGCGUGACGCGCAUGCACGUGCACCAACUGCGGGCCCUGCUGCACAACCUGCGGGCGCGCCGGGCCCCCCCCGCCGAGCACGCGCGCCGCAAGUAAACACGGACCCCGGUCUAGCUCGCUACAGGGAAUACUUCAAUUAUGUACAUAACUACGUCGUCGCCAUUAAGCGUUCACUUGUGAUAUGUGUAGCCAAAAUUUGCGUAAUUUCUUUGUUCUAAAAGGAAAGCUAUGCAUUAAUUACAUUAUUAGUUUAAGGCAAACGUGUCGAGGAGAAAGGAUAUCGGUUUUGUUUUCAAUGAUGCUCAUUAACGCUAGCGGGAACACAGCGUGCCGCUAAGCGCUCUAGAUUAUAGUUAAAUUCUCCGUGUUCCGGAUACAUUUAAUAGAAUAUAGGUAGCACAAGUUCAAAUGUACAAUAGCUUUCCGCGUUUCCCGGAAAGUGUUUCUACUUUAGUUUUAAGGAAUAUAUUUUAUGUUGCCAUUCGACGAUUACAUUCCUAGUUUGUACCCUUAUUUAUAGUUUAUAGUUAAAUCAUUAUGUUCUACUACCUCAAGUCAAAACUAUGUUAAGUCACGCUCGACACACUACCGACUGUAUCGGCGUAUGGUGUACGUGUGCGUGUGGCGAACGCGGCCUUUGUCGCGGAGGAUACCAAAAAAAAAAACUAAAAGGAUUCGCCCGCAUCUUGUGCCAACAUUACGAACAAGGUAAUACAUAAUAUUAUUGUUAAGAAAAUAUAGGUCUCUAUCGCGUUAGCAUUCGUCUAAUUGUUUUGUAAUAUGUGCUCAGUAUUUUAUAUCGUAGACAUUGUUCUGUGUCUCAAAUCGGAAUUGUAUUAUACGUUAAAGUUUAACAGUUAAGUACACUGUGAUCAAAAUUAUAAAUUAUUGAGAGAUUAUUAAUGUAUAGAGUGUAUUAAAUCUUAAUGUUAUGUAUAAGAGAGAUUGUCCGGUCGUGACAAAUGUUUUUCGAGAUCAAAACGUUGCGACUUCUAGCAACUUCCAGAUUAUGGCGACUGUUACGCCAUCAAAUAUUAGGUAUAAUGCGUUUCGUCUUUAUUGUAUUAGCUCCACUAAAAAUUUAUCGAAGAGAUUGAUAUUUUGUACAAAAUUGAUUUAAAAAAAAAGUAAAAGAAAAAAGAAGGAGAUAAUAGGAUUAUAAAAUGAUUCUCUUAAUCACUUGUUUGUGAUCUCGAUAAUGUUGAAUGAUUAAA